CGCGCCGCCUCCACCCGCCCGCCGCCCGGCAUGGCCCCGCAGCAAACAGGUAGCAGGAAGCGGAAAGCGCCCGCGCUCCAGGAGGCCGCCGCGGGCUCGUCGUCUCAGGUCACCGCGGCGGUGGACGGGGACGGGCCGCUGCCGCUCAAGAAGCCCAAGCGGCCGGCGGCGCGGCGUUCGCUGGUGAACUACCUGAAGGGGCGCGAGGUGGGCGCCCGGGGCCGCGCCAGGCUCCCGGGCUUCGAUGGCGAGCUGCGCGGCUUCGCGGUGCGGAAGCUCCCCGAGCUGCUGCAGGAGCGCGAGCUGUCCCUGGGCACCCUCAACAAGGUGUUCGCGUCACAGUGGCUCAACGUCAGGCAGGUGGUGUGCGGUACCAAGUGCAAUACGCUCUUCGUGGUGGACGUGCAGUCGGGCCAGAUAACGCGCAUCCCCCUCAUGCGGGAUCGCGGGCCUCCUCCGGCCCGCGCCCAGCCGGGCUGCGGCAUCCAUGCCAUCCAGCUGAAUCCCUCCAAGACGCUGCUGGCCACAGGGGGUGAGAACCCCAACAGCCUUGCCAUCUACCAGUUGCCAACGCUGGACCCCAUGUGCCUGGGCGACCGCCACGGCCACAAGGACUGGAUCUUCGCCAUCGCCUGGAUGAGCGACACGGUUGCCGUGAGCGGCUCCCGCGACGGCACCUUGGCGCUCUGGAAGAUAGACCCCGACAUAUUCCAGGGCAGCAUUGCCUGGCACAGCGACGCAGGGCUCCCCGUGUACGCCCACAUCCGUCCUCGGGAUGUGGAGAACAUCCCCAGGGCCAGCACCAACCCCAGUAACCGCAAGGUGCGGGCCCUGGCCUUCAGCGCCAAGAACCAGGAGCUGGGAGCCGUGUCCCUGGACGGCUACUUCCACCUGUGGAAAGCCCGGAGCACCCUGUCCAGGCUGCUGUCCAUCAGGCUGCCUUACUGCCGAGAGAACGUGUGCCUGACCUACUGCGAUGAGUUGUCCCUGUACGCGGUGGGCUCCCAGUCCCAUGUCUCUUUCCUGGAUCCGCGGCAGCGCCAGCAGAACAUUCGGCCACUGUGCUCCCGCGAGGGCGGCACGGGUGUGCGCUCCCUGAGCUUCUAUGAGCACAUCAUCACCGUGGGCACCGGCCACGGCUCUCUGCUCUUCUAUGACGUCCGCGCGCAGAAGUUCCUAGAGGAGAGGGCCUCGGUCAGCCUGUACUCCUCUCCGGGGCAUGCAGGGAGGAAGCUCAAGCUGACCUGUGGCAGAGGCUGGCUCAACCAUGAUGACCUGUGGGUGAACUACUUCGGUGGCAUCGGCGAGUUCCCCAAUGCGCUCUACACCCACUGCUACAACUGGCCGGAGAUGAAGCUCUUCGUUGCUGGCGGCCCUCUACCUUCAGGCCUCCAUGGAAACUAUGCAGGCCUCUGGAGCUAAGGAUGGCCGCCCUGUCCUCAAAGUGCCCAGAUUUACCUUCCAGUCCCCUCCCACUUUCCUCCUUCACUCUGUGUUUGUGCUUUUGACUCUGUGUGGCUUUUAUCUUCCAGGGGAAAGGGGUCCAGUUUACCUCUGCUUAGUUUAUUAGGCGAAGAGAGAGAAGGCAAAAGUGGUCUCUUGGGCAGUCAACACUUGGCUUUAAGAUUUUUCUGCACCUCCUCCAACCACCAUCUCUUGCCUCUCACACAGAAUUUUGGCUGAUCCUUAAUUGUGUUCUCAUUGAAUGAUUCACACGUGCUUUCUCUUGGCUCACACAGUCAUGGUUCCUACUAUAAUUCACUACUUUAGUUUGAUCAAUGUUUCAAUAGUAACUUCAGGUCUUUUACACAUUUCAGAUAUAUUGUGUUUCUGGGAAAUGUGUGCUAUAAAGUGUCUUUUGGGCUGAUCCAAGGAACUACCCAUCAUAUAACAGAGCAGGUUUAUAGCCCUACUCCAAUUAGAAAAUGCAUUUCAAGUUCUAGAUUGUCACCAUUUGGGGUAUGUUUCAUUUGGAUGUUGGAAACUGUGUUUGUUGUUUGUAUAUUGUUGGUGUAUAAAACACUUUAAAAUAUGUUCUCUUUUUUAAAAAAUCUUAUAAUUACGUUCAUCCUAUUAAUCACAAUUUUGAUUAUUUAGUAAAAAAUUUAAGCAUCAGUACCCCCAGGCCCUCAGUCUUCUUGU